CAAAAGACACGCUGACUGUGUGAGAGAGAAAGAGAGGAAACAACUGCAUACUUGGUGUCGAUAUAUCGCCAUUAAUGUGGGUUCAGUAAUAAAACGUGACCUUUCGCUUUUUCACGGAUUUUCUCUCAGUUAUCCUUCCUAGAUACAGCUAUUAUACUACUACUACCUCUGUGUACUCUACUCUGUACCAUAGCUCUCAAUUUCAUCUUAUCUCCUUUCCAUUCGCCUAUUUGAUUUCUAAUAAUAUCUCUCCAAUUUUAUUUUUUCUGGAUUUUUAUAUCAUUGUAAAAUUUGUGUGUGUGUGUGUUUGUGUGUGUGAGAGAGAGAGAGAUUGGGGUUAUGGAGUUGAGCCAGAUGACGUUGGAGAUUUUCUCCAGGCUGGAGCAGAAAUGGUUGUACCAGUGUGAGGGCAAAAAAACACGUGUUCUCAGCAUCGACGGCGGAGGAACAACCGCCAUUGUUGCCGGAGCAGCUUUGGUUCAUCUAGAGAACCAGAUCCAAGCCAAAACCGGCGAUUCCAACGCUAGGGUCGCCGAUUUCUUCGAUAUUGUUGUCGGUACUGGAAUCGGCGCUCUCCUCGCCGCGAUGCUUGUCGCCGACGACGGCUCCGGCCGCCCUCUCUUCUCCGCCAGAGACGCCGUUAACUUCAUAUCGGAAAAUCAGAAGGAGCUGUUCAAAGCCACACGCUCCGGCGUUUUCCCCCGGCGGUCGAGAUUUUCCGGCAAGAGCAUGGACGCAGUGCUGAGGAGAGCGUUCCGGGGAAACGGCGGCAAGGAUCUAACCCUGAAGGACACGUGUAAGCCUCUCCUGGUGCCCUGCUUCGACUUGACCAGCUCGGCCCCGUUUGUUUUCUCCCGAGCCGACGCAACUGAGUCGGCGAGCUUCGACUUCGAGCUGUGGAAAGUCAUUCGCGCCACGUCAGCCACGCCGUCGAUGUUCAAGCCGUUUAAGCUAGCCUCCAGCGAUGGGAAGACCUCCUGCUUGGCGGUGGACGGCGGACUUGUGAUGAACAACCCAACCGCCGCCGCCGUCACUCACGUUCUCCACAACAAGCGCGAUUUUCCGUCGGUAACCGGUGUUGAUGAUCUGCUGGUGCUCUCAAUCGGUAACGGGCCGUUGAGCAGUCCGUCGGGGAUGAAGCUUGGCCGGAGCGGCCACUGCUCGACGGCGUCGGUGGUCGGAAUUGUUCUGGACGGCGUCUCCGAAACCGUCGAUCAAAUGCUGGGCAACGCCUUUUGCUGGAACCCUAACGAUUACGUCAGGAUUCAGGGCGACAGUGCAGCGGAAAGAGCGGAGGAGGUUUUGGCGGAGAGAGGGGUGGAGUCGUUGCCGUUUGGCGGGAAGCGGUUGCUGACGGAGACUAACGGACAGAGGAUCGGAGGGUUUGUGCAACGUCUUGUCGUAACGGGGAGGAGUAGCAGCCUACCACCGAGUCCGUGCAAGGAAACAGCCGUUAGUCCACUUGUUAACGGCCGUUAGCUCUUUUUAUUCUUUUUCUUUUCCCAUGUUUAUUUAGUUUUUAAUUAGUCCCAUGUCAGCUUACUUUAAUUUAACUGUCCUUAAUUUAUUAUCAACUUUAACCAGUAGCCAAUAUAUUUAAUUAAAUAAUAAAUGCUGGUGCAAGUGACGAUUUAACA